CAGUCUGCGAGAGAAAAGGAACAACUAACACAGAAGAUCAUCUACCUUGAAACAGAGAUUAACGGUUAGUUUUAUGUGGUCACGCAUGCAUGAAAAGAAAAGUGCGCGCGGAUUACAAGGAGUUACCGAUGCUCCACUGAUAAUAAGUCGUUUACCCCCUCCCCCCUCCCUACUGCUUCUCGUUCCGUCAUAAAAAGUUCCGUUUCUUGUGUUUUCCCAGUUUACCUUAUCACUCAAACCUUGAAUUUGUUCAAUCUAAUAUUCUAAGUACUUAAAAUAUUCAUUUGUUUUUUAACAGCUAAAGAGAAGGAGAUCGCCUUUCUUAAACAAACUCUCUUUGGGACAGACAAAGACAUUGCUGAUCUCAAAGGAAAACUGUCCCAGCUAAAACAAACUGUGCAAAGAACUCAAUCUGAUUUUGUUAAGCAAAUGGCAUCAAUAGACAAAAAGCUACAGGAGGCAAAGAAGAACAUUGCCGAGCUCGAGGGGGGCUUUAAUUUUACUGUCCAGAAGAAUAAAACGGAAGUAGAAGAGUCCCGGAGCAAACCACAAAUAUUUAAUGGUGAGUAUGUAAAUUGGGAUGGCGUCGUAUCAACUGAGUGGUGACAACGCGGUUAAUACGACUGCCUUGUUUUUAUGAACUCAUUUUGUGUUCCAUGGAAGCGUAAUGGGACGUAGUUGGAGAGGAAAGAGGGGUCUGCAUCAUCUUUCACUAAAAAUAAAUAUUUUUAUUUCAUUAAAUGUUCUUCCAUGCACUUUUAUUUUUAUUUCUGCUUCUUUUUUUUUUUUUUCUAAACUAGGCAAAGCUUACUUUGACCUUCAACAAUCAUGGUUUGACACUCCAUCCAACAACGGUGGAUGUUUCAGAUUUGAAAACUUUCCAGUUAGCGCAAAAGAUCUUGAAACCAUAAGGAAUGUUAAAUCCACUUCAAGGGCCUUCACUGAGCAAGCUAAAGGUAUGAAGAAGAAAACUUGUAAAUUACCAUUCCUCUACAGUCCACACCCGUGCGAAAGCAGUGCAGUCUUAAGAGUCAGAAAACAGUUAGAUACUCAGAAUUGAUAACAUGUUCUUCCAUCUAUCGGCUUUGAUUUUUUAAUCAUCUUUUAUUUAGGCAAAGGUUAUUUGGACCUUCAACCAUCAUGGUUUGACACUUUAUCAAAAAACGUUGGAUGUCUUCAGGUUGAAAACGUUCCACUUAAAGCAAGAGAUCUUGAAGCCAUGAAGAAAGGUAUGUAGAAGGAAACUUUAAUUCUACAUAGGUGAUAGUCCACAUCUGUGCGAAGUAGUGUCUUCUGAGCGUGAAGAACCUAUUAAGCCAAUUAGAAUUGUCAAUGUACCCUUCAGCUUUAGUACUUUUGCAAUGUACUGGCCUGACUCAAAUUCAGUGAACAACUUCAUGAGGUGUUACAUCAUACAAAAAUAACACAGAUUCCUCUGGUAUUAUGGUGAACUUAUUUUCCAAGAAAGCUAAAGACGUAAAAACGAACGCAUAUCCCUGCUUCCAACUUUGUUCAAGCUCAAACUGUGAUGAUUUCUGCUGCAUUCAAGACUCGUGACUUACCCACUCAGAUCAAUCAUUUUUCAGAGGAGGUAGCUUUAAUUGAAGAGUUAGCUUGUUCUUUUAUCGAAUGCUCAAGGUCACGGUUUUUGCGGCGGUUUAGAAAAAGUGUUUCGCUGAAAUUAAUUCACUUUUGGUUCGGUAAGCUAAAAUCCUAGGUAUCUUUAUGUGGAAACGAAAUUCUCCACAUUGCAAUCAUAAAACAAAACUUAAUUUAUUUUAUAUCGAGGCAAAGAUUAUUUUGACCUUCAACCGUCAUGGUUUGACUCUCUAUCCCAAAACGCUGGAUGUCUUGAAGUUGAAAACGUUCCAGUUAAAGGAAAAGAUCUUGAAGCCAUGAAGAAUGCUAAAUCAAAUUCAAAGGCCCCCACAUCUGAG